CGGUUACACUGUCGUAGACCAUUUUAAAUAAACCGUUCAUUGGCGAAGGUGGCGUCGGUUUUCGCAGUGAAAAAUUUCCAUUAAACAAAAGAGCGCUGCAAACAAAGCGAAAAAGUGUACUUUACAAAUAAGUAAAUCAAGUUUAUAAGCAACUACAAUGACUUCCACCGAACUGAAAAUUGGCCUCAACACCAGCUCUCGUCCCUCCAGCCGCGUCCUGAAGCCUCCAGGUGGCGGACACACCAACAUUUUUUCGGAACCUGAAGUUGCCGUGAAUGCCCCGCGUCCCAAAUACAAUCAACAGAACUCUUCCAAUCUAAAUGCCUGCAUGGGUUCCACGGAUGCCAAUCAGGUGGUGGAGAAGCUGCGGGAUGAGGUAGCUGCCGCCCCAAAGGAGGAACAGAAGCCUGCAGCUAGCCAGCCCAAAGAGAGCAAUGGAAACAAAGGAGCGUCAGAUCAGGCGCGUGGUCGUGUUCCUCCCGGCGGUUACUCAUCGGGUGGCUUCUGGUAGACGAAGCAGGAUGGUCGGAUGGAUGGAUGGAUGGGGUAGCUGUAGUUGUGUGGCUGCCACACGCAUUUAAUGACACUCUCACACAAACAAACACACACUCACAUACACACACAAGCCAAGACAUCCUCAACACCAUUAAAUACAUUUAUAAAUAUAAAUCGCUUAAACUAUUACAUAUAUAUACAAUAUUUAGCCUAUACAACAUUCAUAUUCAUAUUCCAAAAUUGGCUACAAAAUGUUCAAACCGUUGAAAACAAAAGUUGAUAAUGAAUGCGAAUUAAUUAUCCAAUUUUAUUGCUGACAUUCAUUGACUAUACUAUUAUAUAUUCGCCUUUUUUCUGCUCUCUUUCUCAUUUUUGCAUUUGAUUUAUGAUUUUUGUGUUUCUAUUCUAUGCAUAACUAUUUUAUAAAACGUCUAACGCAAUUGUUUAAACUUUAAGUGCGAUUCCGCCCUAAUAAAACAUACAAAUUAAAAAACGAAAAC